UGCUGGACACCACUGAUAGUGGGCAGGUAACUGCAGAAGGAACCACUGCCUUCUCACUCCUGGUGGCGAUGGCCAGUGUGGACAGGGGAGAGCUAAGGGAGCCCAGAGGGGAGCCGCAGGCCCUGGAGCCGGACUGGCAUCAGCGGAUUUUUGUCAACCGCAGCCUGGCGAUGGGGAAGAUUGGCUGCAGCUUUGACAUGGACUACACUCUGGCUGCUUACAAGUCCCCGGCUUAUGAGACACUGGCAUUUAAGUUGCUGCUGGAGCCCCUGGUGUGCAUAGGGUACCUGCAUGAGAUCCUGCGCUACACCUAUGAUCCCACCUUCCCCACCAGGGGGCUGGUGUUCAACGUGCUCUAUGGAGACUUGCUGAAGGUGGAUGCCCACAGGAAUGUGCUGCUGGGCACCCACGGCUUCUCCUCCCUCUCGGACCUCCCCAGGGCGGAGGUCUGGAGCUUCUACCCCAGCAAGUUCAUUCAGAGGGAUUACCUGCAGCGGUUUCACAUCCUCAACACACUCUUCAACCUGCCUGAAACCUACCUCUAUGCCUGCCUGGUAGACUUCUCUGGCUGCUCCCGCUACAUCAACUGUGACAUGGGCUAUCAGCAAGGGAACCUCUUCAUGUCCUUCUGAAGCCUCUUCCAGGAUGUGAUGGAUGCCAUGGAUUAUGUCCACCUUUCGGGCUGUCUCAAGGAGAAGACCUUGGAGGACUUAGAGAAAUUCUGGAGAAGGAUGCCCCACUGCUGGAGGUGGCUCCUCUCUCUGCCCCAGGCAUGAAUCCUCAUCCUUCUGGACAAGAUGAAGGAGGUGGGAAAAGUGUUCCUGGCCACUAACAGCAGCUACAACUACACAGAUACCAUCAUGACCUACCUUGGGUGCUGGAACUUCCCCAGUGGUCCAGAGCCAGGCAUCCCGGUCAGGCCCUGGAGGUCCUACUCUGAUCUGAUCGUGGUGAACACACAGAAGCCCCACUUCUUCGCGGAGGCCACAGUGCUGAGACAGGUCAACACAGACAUGGGCAAGCUCUGUGUUGGUACCUACACCGGCCCCCAACAGCACUGAGCUGUCUACUCUGGAGGGUCAUCGGACGUGGUAUGUGAGCUGCUCGGGGUGCGGGGGAAGGACAUCCUAUGCAUCGGCGAUCACAUCUUUGGGGACAUCCUCAAGUCCAAGAAGCUGCAGGGCUGGCGGAUUUGUCUGGUGGUUCCUGAGCUGUCCUGGGAGCUGGGGAUCUGGGCCCGAGAGAAGGAUGAGUUAAUGGAGAUGCUGAAGAGGCUGGAUGUGCAUCUAGCGGACCUGUACCAGCACACAGAUGGCAGCAGUUACAGCCUGCAACUCAUCAACUCCACCAAGAGGGAGAUUCAGAGAGUCAGCCGGGAGCUGGACCUGUGCUACAGUGUGAUGGGCAGCCUGUUCCGGUGUGGUUUCCGCCAGACACCCUUCUCCAGCCAGCUGAUGCACUACGCCGACCUCUACACAGCCACCUGCCUCAAUUUCCUGUACCGCCCACUCAGCUCACUGUACCGGGCAGCUGGGGAGCUGGUGCCCCAUGAGACAGCAGUGCAGCAAGAAAGGGCUGCUCUGGUUCCUGCCUUCAGCUUCUUCUCUUGCAGUCAGAGGGUCUCAGGGGCCUCCCACCUCCCUGAUCCUCUUUCUCAGGAUCAUCACACUCUGACAUUUGUGAUGCUCUAA